AGGGUACAACACAGAAGAGAAAAAAAUGGCCAUUUUACAUUCAGAAGGGAAGUUUGAGGUGAUCCUGGUAAGCCACUUAGGGGAAAGCUGUCCUCACCAUCCCAGAUUUAGUACACAUGGAAUGCUUUGCAGUCUUCAAAGGGAGUUGAAGCCCUCCGCACAAUCAUGUCUCAUGCACAUCUGCAUUUCUAGCCCAGGCACCACUCUUAGGAGGGCUCUUUAUUAGACAUUUCUGCCAUGACGUCCUUAUUAAAGGACUUGCCUUCUAGGUGUUUGAAUAAGGACUUAUCUUCAAAAUAGCACACUAAGAAAUCAGAAUUACCUCAGUGGGAAAUGAGUGACAGGUUCAAAUACUGUGCACCUAAGACUAAUUCUUAGAAGAUAUUUGGAAUUUGAAGUUAGGUUAGAGAAGGAACAAGAAGGAAUAUUACAGGAAAGAGAUGAUAACAUAUGACAAAAUGUCUAUUUUCAGCCCACAUACUUAUUUAUCUCAGCAUCCAAGAAGUUAUUCUACAGAGAAACCUUAUAAAUGUGAGGAAUGUGGAAAAGCCUUCAGAAGAGCCUCACACCUAACUCAGCAUCAGAGUAUUCAUACUGGUGAGAAACCCUAUGAAUGUAAGCAGUGUGGGAAAGCCUUUAGUCGUGAUUCUCAGCUAAGUCUACAUCAAAGACUUCAUACAGGUGAGAAACCCUAUGCCUGCAAGGAAUGUGGAAAGGCUUUUACUCAAAGCUCACAACUUAUUUUACACCAUAGGAUUCAUACUGGUGAAAAACCAUAUAGGUGUGAAGAAUGUGGGAAAGCCUUUAUUCGAAGCUCACAACUCAGCCGACAUCAAAAAGUCCAUACUGGUGAGAAACCUUUUGAAUGUAAAGAAUGUGGUAAGGCUUUCACUCAGAAUUCGCAGCUUACUCUGCACCAGAGACUCCAUACUGGUGAGAAGCUUUAUGACUGUAAAGAAUGUAGAAAGGUCUUUACUCAGCUUUCACAGCUUAUUCUCCAUAGAAGAAUUCACACUGGUGAGAAACCUUAUGAAUGUAAAGAAUGUGGAAAGGCUUUUAUUUGUGGUUCACAGCUUUCACAACAUCAGAAAAUUCAUAAUGGAGAAAAGCCAUAUGAGUGUAAGGAAUGUGGAAAGGCUUUUAUUCGAGGCUCACUACUUAUGCAACAUCAAAGAAUCCAUACUGGUGAAAAACCCUAUAAAUGUGAUGAAUGUGGAAAGGCUUUUAUCCGUGGUUCCCAACUGACUCAACAUCAAAGGAUUCAUACUAAUGAAAAGCCUUAUGAAUGUAAAGAAUGUGGAAAGACCUUUAGUCAUGGCUCACAACUUACUCAACAUCAGAGAAUUCAUACUGGUGAGAAACCCUAUCAAUGUAAGGAGUGUGGGAAAGCCUUUAAUCGUGGAUCACUCCUUACUCGACAUCAGAGGAUUCACACUGGUGAAAAACCCUAUGACUGUAAAGAGUGUGGAAAAAAUUUUAGUCGGGGCUCAGAACUUACUCAGCAUGAGAGAAUCCACACUGGUGAAAAGCCCUAUGAGUGUAAGGAAUGUGGAAAAUCUUUUAUCCGUGGCUCACAGCUUACUCAACAUCAAAGAAUCCAUACUGGUGAAAAACCUUAUGAAUGUAAAGAAUGCAGAAUGGCCUUUACUCAGAGUUCACACCUUUCUCAACAUCAGAGACUUCAUACUGGUGAGAAACCCUAUGUCUGCAGUGAAUGUGGCAAAGCCUUUGCUCGUGGAUUACUACUUAUACAACAUCAGAGAAUUCAUACUGGUGAAAAGCCAUAUCAGUGUACUGAUUGUGGGAAGGCCUUUAUUCGUGGUUCACAGCUUACUCAACAUCAGCGAACUCACACUGGAGAAAAACCUUAUGAAUGCAAGGAAUGUGGGAAGGCUUUUGGUCAUGGCUCUCAACUUACUCUACAUCAGAGAAUCCAUACAGGUGAGAAGCCCUAUGAAUGUAAAGAAUGUAGAAAAGCCUUUACUCAGAGCUCACAUCUUUCUCGGCACCAACGAAUUCAUACCGGUGAGAAACCAUAUCAAUGUAAAGAAUGUGAGAAGGCCUUUACUCAUGGGUCACAAUUAAUGCAACAUCAGAGAAUUCAUAGCAAUGACAAAUCUUUUGACUGUAAAGAAUGUGGAAUAGACUUUAGUCAUCAUUCACAAAUUUUUAUUUGAGUUAACUUAUUCUCUUCAAUUAUCAUAGCUUUCCCUGGUCAUUCAUUAUCAGUAAAGAAUUCUAAAUGUGACUAUAAGAUUCAUAAAGUUCAGCAUUUGAAAAUUUAUAUGGGGGAAUAGAAAUGCUCAUAUAAUCCACAUAUGAAAGCCCUUUGUUUAUAACUGUAUUACAUUUUAGCAAAUUAAAAUAGAAAGUGAUUCUGUUACUGUGGUAUAGAAAGAUCUUUAGCAUAGAAAAUAUCUGUGUCAACCUUAUUAUGGUCCUAUCAGUUCAUUUCCUUUGUGGCAUUUGUUAUAAAUAACCUUGCUUUGGUUUAAUCAUUUGUAAGGUAAAUCUAAGACCAAUUUUUUCAUAUCAUGUUUUAACAUGUAAAAGCACUUAGAACAGUGCCUUGAACAUUGCAUAUCAUAAACAUUAGGAGCUAUUUUCAUUAUUGUGAUUUUAGAGGAUUUGCAUGAAAGGAAUUUAUCAGUGUAGAUAACAUUAAGAAAUAUUUCAUUAUUAUUUAUCCUAGACAAAUUAUUACACACUGUCAUCAAUGUGAGAAAGCAUUCAUGCAAAUCUCAUAUAUUUAUUGUAAAAGGAAAUUUAUAGUAUAAGAAACCCUGUGAUAUUAAUGGAUUAUUGAGCACCACUGUUACAGAAUUUAGGAGAGGUAUGAUUGAUUUGUCAAAAAGUCCCAAAACUUAAAUGUUUCACAAUAUUUGAUGUCAACUCAAUAUUAUUUAUAAAUGAUUAAUUAAAUACUCAAGAUAAAUCUAGGAAAUAAGAAAAACUUGAAUAUGUAGUUUGUUAACUGAAAGUAUAAAGUUAUAUCCAUAGACUACAUUUCACUUACAAUGAAAAAAAUACUGAUGUGUUUGUAUCAAAGACUGCUAUUCUACUCAAUUUUCAUUUUCCUUUCCAUCACAACCCUAGGCAAAAAAACAAAAAAACCUAUCUCAGUCUCAUUGCAGGUCAACAAGGUGAAAAUGGCAUUUGUAUGAGUAGAAUAUUUAAGAACUCCUUCCUCUCUGUUUUUUUUUUUUUUCUUUCCCCUUCUUAACA